AGGUUAUUCAAAGUCUCUCUGCAGCAGCAAUGGCGGCCCCCAUGUCCUGGAGGAGGCUGGUGCUCUCCGUGUACUCACCGGCCAUCGCAGGGGUCUUCACCCGGAUAUCUGACCGGCUCUUCCGCUCACGGGACAGAAGAGGAGGGUCCUCGGUGCUGCUGCUGGCUCCUCUCCUGGCUGAAGCCGACCCGGCCCCCCGACAUGUCUCCAGGCCCACCGGGUCGGCCGGAGCUCAGGGCACAGACGGCCUCUGUGGCCACUUCCAAUGGAUGGCAGAGCACGUACCCGCCUUCCGUGUGCCAGGCACCCACAUCCACAUCCUCACCUCACCGGACCAGUUCUACCAAACUAUGAAGGCGCGGAUCAAGACUGCGAAGAGGCGAGUGGUGAUGGCCUCGUUGUAUCUAGGAACGGGUCAGCUGGAGCAGGAGCUGGUGGACUGCAUGGAGGAAGCUCUACGCCGCUCACAGGAGAACAGCGAUGCUCCAGAUCUGAAAGUCUCCAUACUGCUGGACUACACUCGCGGCUCACGAGGACAGACCAACUCGAGGACCAUGCUGCUGCCGUUGUUGCAGCGCUUCGUCUCUCAGAUGAGGGUGUCUCUGUACCACACUCCAGACCUGAGGGUGCUGAGGCUGCUGGUCCCUCAGCGCUUCAACGAGACCAUCGGAGUCCAGCACAUCAAGGUCUACCUGUUUGACGACAGCUUCAUCAUCAGCGGGGCCAACCUGAGCGACUCGUACUUCACCAACAGACAGGACCGCUACGUGCUGCUGGAGAACUGCAGCGAGGUCGCCGACUUCUUCUCCGACCUGGUGGAAGCCGUGGGAGACGUCUCACUGCAGCUGCAGCCCGACGACUCGGUCACCAUGAUGGAGGGCAUGGUGCACCCGUACAAUGACAACAGGCAGGACUUCUCGGCGGCGGCGAGGAAGCGGAUCAUGGAGGUGGUGAACACAGCCCACGUCAGGCAGCAGCUGUUGAACGGGUCGGAGGACUCGGAGGACGACGGGGGGGGCGAGGGGGAGGAGGACACCUGGGUGUUCCCUCUGGUCCAGAUGAAGCCUCUGGGGAUCCAGGUGGACGAGCAGGUCACACAGCGCCUGCUGACAGACGCCGCUCCGGACUCCACUGUGUUUCUAACAUCGGGUUACUUCAACCUGACGCGGGCGUACAUGCGUCUGGUGCUCGGGGCCGGAGCCAGCUACCGCAUCCUCACCGCCUCCCCCGAGGUCAACGGGUUCUUCGGCGCCAAGGGCGUCGCCGGAGCGAUCCCCGCCGCCUACACCCACAUCGCCCGACAGUUCUACAACCAGGUGUGUCUGCUGGGCCAGCAGGAGAGAGUUCACCUGCACGAGUACCACAGAUCGCUGUGGACCUUCCACGCCAAAGGUCUGUGGUAUUACCUCCAGGGGCAGGACCGGCCUUGCCUCACUCUAAUCGGCUCCCCUAAUUUCGGUUACCGCUCGGUUCACCGUGACCUGGAGGCCCAGAUCGCCAUAGUUACGGAGAACGAGGAGCUGCAGAGCCAGCUGCAGGAGGAGCAGGAGAUUCUGUACCAGCGGUCCUCUGAGGUGUCCGGGUCCACGUUUGAGCGGCCGGACCGCCACGUCAGGCUUUGGGUGAAGCUCGUCACGCCUCUCAUCAAGAACUUCUUCUGAGACGCCACCAGGAGGACGGAGUCUUUGGUGUUCUGUCGAGGUCGAAGGUCGGUCUGCGUUCUGCAGACGGGAUACUUUAUAACCGGCAUGCUGGGAGUCUUCAGUUGUUCCUCAGCUUUAAAACUCAGUGUGUCCAGGAAGUGACUCUCUCUCUCUCUCUCUUUUAAAAAAAAAAACUACUUCUACUACUGCACGUACACCUCUAAGUACAUGCUGCAUGUAUUCUAUAGUAGUAGAAGCUGUAAUGUAAACAGAGUGUGGUGAAGAAAUACAAUCCUAUGAGGAGCCUUAAUACGUUUUUAAAAGACUUUACAGCAGCAGUCAAGCUAACCUGUACAGUGUGUGUUAUGUUUGUAUAUUAAAGGACGAUGUGGUGAGUUUUUACGACGACUUCAAAUGUGUGAACCUUUUUGUUUGGUGCAAUGGCUGAUUUUUAGCCUCGUUGUCGCAGCAACAUAUGAAGACAAGGCUUUAUUCUAAAGGUAAAAGGAGAGCUAAAGACCCAGAGAGUUUCCUUUAGGAGAUGGUGGAGACCAAAGCAGAGCUAAAAGAGAGUUAAUAUUGGACUUUCAUUCAUCAGAUUGUUUGUGGUUUGUUUCUGCUGCACUACUUAAAAAAAGUAACAUAAAAAAAAAAAUGGACGUGUUCAGUGCUUUGUACAGAAAUAUUAGUGAGUAACUGUAAAACACAUCGACAUUAACAUGUUUUUAUAAAAGUAAAGUAUCUGGUUAACAAAUCUGAUUCUAUGUCUUUUAA